AUGAGACGUAACAGGGACUUUGGUGUCAUGCAAAACAACGGUCCGCUCAUGACCGAACAUUUACGUGAUUUAGACAUAGAAUUGGAACUUCUAAAGCGCAAGCGAGAGAUCUUACAACAAGAACAAAACAUGAUAUCUAGGAUUUCGAGGCAGAAUUACGAGCAAGCAACUAGCUCGUUUAGGCAUGAACAUAGUCAGUUUCAACCUCAGCAAGUUGAAGUAACUAACUUCUCUAAUUUGUAUGAAGCUCAAGGCUCUAAUCGUAAUUUCCGUCAGAACCUGAAGCGUCAGAACCAAUCUAAUUGGCAGGUUCCCAAUCCUCCUAAACGUUUCAACGCCCCGCGGGCCGUGAACCCAUGGCAGGAUGAUUCGGUACAAGGGCAACGGAAAGUUUUCCAACCCCCCAAAAACACUUUCACGCCCCUACCGCUAAUGUCCAUAAAGCCUGGCAUAAGUCAGCGCAUGAAACGCGAUAACCCAAAGCGAAGGGAUUUCCAACCCUCGAAAAUAACGAAAUCCAAACCAAAAAAAGACAACCAACCCCAAGCCAGAUCACAGCCCGUUAAGAUAGUUAAUCACCCAACAAACGAAGCUAAGAAUUUAGUUUCGGACACAAAGAAAGCUUCAGAGCCUAUUGAGGAUCAGAUCUUGCAUCCCGAUAAACAGCUAUCAUUGCAAAUGAGGGGGCGGCUUGAGCUUGCGUUGGGUUCGAUCCUGAAAGAGUUACGCCUAGAGCUAGCCAGCGAUCCCGAUGUAUCGGAGUAUUUCGCUACGCAUUACAUCCAACGGAUCGUAAAACGCAUGAUACGUUCCCGUAUAAGGGAUGUCAUGAUGGGUAAAGCCAUUGGCACCAUAAAUGACAUUCUGGACAACUACCGCCGAGCGUAUCCAAAGGAAACCGAUCUCGAUAUAAUAAAAACUGUCAAAGAGGCCCAAGCCUACAGCAGUAAGAAUCUGAGUGUAACGCAUCUCAUUGAAUCAGACAAUCCCCAGGAUUUCUUCAGGAUGAAUAUGACUCGUAUACUCAGCAACAAAUUGGAAGAUCUGUUCACCACUAUGGAAACAUUAUAUGAGAAUAAAGACAAAGAGAUCAUUGAGAGCAUCAACAAAUUGCCCGAACCGGAUAAAUCUGCUAACACCAAAGAUACAGAUGAAUACAAUGAGAAGGUUAACUUGCAACUCAUAUUGGACAAUUUCUUUGAACGAGUAAAAGAUGAUAACGAACUCGUGAAAGCAUUGGGAGGUAGAAUCGAUAAAGCUAAGCAUUACAUUGACUUCAUGGAUAAAUUGAUUGUGGAGAGACUGCCCAAAGUUCUGCCUAAAUUCAAGGAUAUGAUUUUAAACAUACUCUAUCACGAUAGAGAUUUCAUCGGUGCAAAGGUUAUGGUUAUGAAUGAGAUGAAGAAAAAGGGUUACCGUUGUACAGUAACAGCAGAUGAAUCUGUACAACAGAAAGAAAAUGAAGCUGAGAUUAUAGAAGAAACGGAUAAAAAUGAAAAUAAAUCUGUAGAACCGCCUAAAGAGACUGCUAUUGAUAAAACAACAAAUGUUACUGCAACUACUACUAACGAAAUAUAUUAUGUUAAGCUCAUAGGACGCCCUAAACUACCAGCUCGAGCGGAAAUCUGUGAAUUCUUGAAUCCUUUCAACACUAAAUCCAUCAAGAAACAUAAGACUAUCAACAAUUUGCUUGUAUUAACAUUCACUAAUAAAGAUGACUAUGACAGAAUAUUGGCUGCCAAUGAAACUGUUAUUGGUGAUGCAACACUCAUUAUAAAAGCAAGCGAACAAGUACUGUCUAAUAAGUCAGUUAAUCAGAGUUCGUCGGAAAAGAAAUGUGAAACUCAAAAUAAAUCAGAAAAGAAGGAAGAAUCUUUAAACUCAUCUUCUAACGAAGCUCCAGAUGACUGUUCUAUAUCAAAUGAUUUGGACAAUCAAAUUAAUAGUUUGCUUACCUCUAUAAGACAAGCAGAUGAAGAUGUUAGUUCAAAUUCUAAUAACAUUAACGAAAAUGAAGAUAUAUCUUUAGAUAAAUCUUCUGAAGUAACCGAGAAAAUGGAUGUUAGCGAUGAAAAUACUGAAACCGAUACAGUCAAAGUUAAUGAUGAACUUUCUCAAAAUAAUGACAAAUUGCCUACUGAUAAAGGUGAAAGUAUCAAUACAACUGAUGUAAAACAUGAAGAUUCUACUGAGAAAUCAAAUAUUGACGAAGAAAAUAUUAAAUCAUGUGAUGAAAAGGAUGAUAAUCAAAACAAAACUGAUUCUACUGAGGAAAUUGAAACAAAAACAUCUGAGAUUACAAAUGAUGAGAAAGAAAUGAACACUAAAUGUAAUAUAACAGACGAUUCAAAUGAAUUAAAUGUUGAAAAGAAUAAAAUUGAAGAAUUAAAGAACAAAGUUCCUGGACGUUCUACACCUACUAGGUUUUCAUCGAGACUAGCGAGCACACCCUCUACAAUUACAACAAGAAGAGCUAGCAAACUAGCUCAGAAUAAUCCUUAA